UCUACCAGUGUUAUGAAUGCGAGCGUAUUUUGCCACCGUGUUAUGGGAUGGCGAGGGUACGAAGAAUCGAAUCCAUUCCUUCCUCUUCGUUUCAGCUUCCUCGCAUCGCUUUGUUCGGGGAUUAAGGCAAGCGAGGGCGUGAUGAGGACCAACCGGCCGGGCAGUGGUGUCCGAGAUGUCGAGCUCCAAGUCCAAGACGGCGAUGAAAUCGUCGGACCCCCGGGUCGCCGGUAAGAGAAUCUACGAUGAGGAGUUGAGGAGCAAGUUUUUGAUUCCUGCGCACCUACGUUUUGGGAUGGUGGUCGCCACGAAGGUGCUCGAUGCCGAUAUCGGGGUCAAGCUGGCGGAAACGUUUCAAGAGAAUCACCGGGAGGAGGUUUCAGGGGAGCCGAAGGCGCCGCUUGUGGUGUUCGUAGAUUGCAAAGGAGGUGGGGACCUCGGCCACGAGAUUAAGUUCAAUCUCCAAAAGCUCAUCAGCGAGGACCAGGUAUUUGAUAUCUCAGUUAUGGAGCCUUUCCUUCAGUAUGGUUUGACUUGCUUAAGGCAUAUGGAUGAUCCAAAUAAAAAACCACCAAUCAGUGAAAAGUUAAGAAUUAUGAUUGCAGGAGGUGAUGGUGAAGUAGGAAAGAUAUUAAGAACCCUUGGAAAAAAAUUUAGUACCCAAAAGGUGCCACCUAUUGGCAUUAUUCCACUUGGAACAGGGAAUGAUCUUUCAAAGAGCUUUGGUUGGGGUGGUUCAUUGCCUUCUGCAUGGCUUUUGGCAGUAGAAAGAUCUCUUCCUCAGGCAGCUUUCAACCGUGUUGAACAACUUGAUAGAGUGUGGACCUGCAAACAGAAUUGCCUGCUAAUUUAUCUAAAGAUGGAGGAGUUUUCUACAAAUACUUCAGCAUUGGAAUGGAUGCUCAAGUUGAAUAUGACUUCCACAAUCGGGCAAAAAGCAAGCCAUCCCUUGCACAGGGUCCAAUACCAAAUAAAGGAACUUGAAAACAUUUUGACUCUUCAUGUUAAAAAAGUGCACCGAGAUAAUUGGGAGGAAGUUAUCAUUCCUUCAAGCAUUAGGGCCAUUACUUUUCUAAAUAUUCACAAUUACGGAGGCGGGGCAUAUCCAUGGGGCCACCUUAAGCCUGAAUAUCUGGAAGAGAAAAAAUAUUAUGAAGCACAUGCUGAUGAUGGGCUGCUGGAAAUAUUUGGCUUGAAGCAAGGAUGGCAUGCUUACUGUGUCAUGAAACAACUUACAUAUGCCAAGCACAUUGCUCAGGCUGCUGCAAUUAAAGUGGAAUUCCGAAGCAAUGCUUGUUUCAUGGGGAAUGAAACUUUUAUCCAAGUCGAUGGAGAAUCAGGUAAAGUGAAACUUACGGAAGAAAGAAUAACUGAGAUGACGAUAGAGAAGCUUCCAUUUCGACCAAGCUUCAUAAUCGGAGAUGAAGCAAGGGGCGAUGCCACUUCGAAGAAAAAGAAAAAAUAAAUAUAUGUAUAUAUGAAAAAUAAAGAAUGGUCUGUGUGACGGAUGAUAUUGCUUGUAUGCUGGUGACCGUUUAUGUAUUUAAUUGAGAAUCUUCAUUCUCGCAAUGAGCUUAAUAAAAGAGGGCAUUGGUUGGUUUGUCAUCA